AUAUGUAAUGUCUUAUCAAUCAUGUAAUUAAAUUUAAAAUAAAAAUUAUUUUUGUCAUAUUUCUUAUAAGUAUUGUAUACAAUUUGCACGAAGUAUGAAUAAGAAUCUUGAACAUUUUUGGGAAAAUUAUGAACAUAUUAUGAAUUGGGGUGGAACAAAAAUUUCAAAAACCAAAACUAUGAACAAUUACUAUACACAAAUCAAGGAAAAUUCAUAUAACAAAUACAACUCAUGUAAUGAUACGAUUUAUGCAAAUGAUACAUUUUCUGAAAGCAGUGAAGAAAUAGAUACAAAUUAUUUAGAAUUUUCAAGAGCUACUUUAAAACAUCAAAAAAAAAUAGAAAUGGAAAAACGAAGUUUGGAUAAAUGUUAUGGAUUAUGCAAUUCAUCAAGUUCAGAAGAGUCUGUAAUUAAUAGUAUUCAAAUUGAAAUACCACAUGAAAAAAUCUAUGGAUUGAAUGCCAAUAAAAUAAAAUGCCAAGAAAAUAUAUUACAAUCUAAAUUUAACAAUUAUUGUAUACAUAAAAAACCUGUGUUAUGGCCUGGUAUGGCAUUUAAUUUAAGUUUACCUGAGCCAGAACUGCAUUUGGACCUAAAAACACAGAACCGUCCAUUCUAGGAGUGAAAUGUACACCAAGGAAAGGUAAAUCAGGAUUUGGGACCUAUGUAAAAAAAAUUAUAAUAUUUAGUUAAAAUAUUUUUAAAAAAUAAAUUUUUUUUUAUCAUUA